GACGUGACUUUUUCAGAUUUCUUUCUCAUCACAUCUUCUGAUCGUCCACGAGGUUUUCCUUCCGCGUUCGGCCACAGAGUUUAUUACGUAUUUAAUAUCAAUUUAAACAAAAAUUAUUACAUAAUUUUUUUCCGUGUGAUCAAUCCCAGUGUCUUUCAUCAUUUUUGUCCACAUCGAACAUUCAGCAUAGGUCUGCGGUCUGAACCUGUUAACUGCUUAUGUCGUCUUAUAGAAAAUCAGGGCUUUUUCUCACAACAGCUCAGUUUACUCGAAGAAUAGACUACUGAGAUACAUGUCAGUGUGUCCGAUGCAAUGUUCUAAGAAAUUGUUCAAAAGUAUAUAUGUUUUGAUUAUGGAUAACGACAUUAAUGAGAGUGUGAAAAUUGGGACUAGUGAUGUCGAGAAGAAAACGGACAACGUAAAACCAGAGUCCAAGUCACAUGCUCACCAGCGAGAAAGGAAGCAUGCCAGGGAAGAAAAGUCGAGAAAAAAGGAUGAGCGAGGAGUCGAUCAAGUAUUCAAAAACUUGGGGAGUAUCGACAAUUCCGAUGAAAAGUUAUCAGCUAUGUGCAAAAAAUACUCGGAUGUAAUCGAUGAAAAUCGCAAGUUACAGCUCUCAUUGAAGCAAUCAGAGAAAAAAGUCCAAAUGAUCCAACGUGAGAAGGAUCAGCUUCAAGCCGAGCGAAGCAAAGCAGUUUUGACCAGAAGCCGACUCGAAAGUUUAUGCAGAGAAUUGCAGAGGCAAAAUAAAGCAGUAAAAGAAGAAAGUUUGCUGAAAAUCCGAGAAGAGGAGGAAAAACGAAAGGAAGUCUCUGCAAAGUUCCAAACCACUUUAACCGAAAUCACCGCCUUAAUGGGCCAAAACAAUGAAAAAAAUGCAAAGUUACACGAAGAUAAUAUGGAGAUGAGCAAAAAUUUCAAGUCUGUUUGCGAACAAGUGGAAUUGAGAGAGCAGCAAUUUGAAAAAAUUCACCAGCAAAUGAAACUGGAAAUUCAACUAGCGGAAGCGAAAUUGGCUAAAGUUACUUUAGAAAUGACGGCUGACAAGGAAGUGCUAUUAAAUGAGAAAAAACAACUCCUGUCUAAACUUACGGAAUAUCAAGUGCGAAUUAGAGAUAUGCAAACACAGGAAGUUGCACUGAGAAGUCAAAUAAGUAUGUACACUGAUAAGUAUGAUGAAUUCCAAAAUGCUUUGACCAAAAGCAACGAAGUAUUCGGGGGAUUCAACGAGGAAAUGGAAAAGAUGUCCAAGAAAAUCCUGAAGCUAGAGAAGGAAACCGGCUUAUGGAAGCAGCGUUGGGAAAAGAGUCACAAAGCCCUGUACGAAAUGGCAGCCGAUAAACAAGCCCGAGACGCUGAAAUAGAAGCCCUUAAUCGGAAGCGUUUGCUUCUUCUAGAAUUGUGCAAAGCUUUUCAACAAGAGAGAACGACUCUUAUCGCUGAGCUGAAGGAAAAAACUGCAGAAGUUGCCGCACUCAAUGAAACUAGUGUGGAUACAAAAUCUAAUGAGCAGAUUGAGAAAUUUACGAAAAGCUCUGAAGAACUUGGAAAAAGCUUAUCGCAAGCCCAGGAAUCGCUGAUGGAAGAUAUGGCUUCACAGGAAGUGAAGAUAAAGAGUGAAAGUGUAAAAUCAAAAGAUGAAGCACCUAGUAAACCGGAAUCGAAAAAGAGAAAAGACAAGAAGAGACAAGAAGUGCAGAAAGGAAAUGAAAAUACGGAAGUCAAAAAGGAAUCCAGUGAGAAGGCGGGCAAGGACGAAAUUGCAUUAAAAGAGAAAGUAAGUGAAGAAACAUCUUCUAGUAAAUCUGAGACUUUAAAUCAGGAUAAAGCAUCUGACAAAGAAGUAAUCGAAAAGGAGAAUGAAGUGAAAUUAUUUACGGAAUAUAUGAAACCCGUUGUAGUAGAGAUCUCGAAAGAAGAUUUAUCAAAGACAGAAGGUAAUUCAAAAGAGAGUGAUUCAGAAAAAAAGGAAUCGAAUCCCAAAGAAAAUGCACAGGAGGAAACGUCUGUAAAUCUUGAUAAUGGUGAAAUUCAAGUACCUCUUCAAGUAAAAGUUCAAGUUCCUCUCGAAAAUAAGACUGAAGUUAAUGGUGAAGUUAAAAUGGAAGAUGGGAUAACAAAUGAAGUUGUGCACUUAAGUGAAGAUUUGAAAAGCGCAGAUUUGAAUGGAACAGAGAAGGAAAAUCAUGAAAAGAAGUCGAUAAGCAAUUUGAAUCCAGAGAAUGGUGAAAAUAUACCAGAGAUAGGAUGUGAAGUUUCGAAAAAGUCUGAAAUUGUUCUGGACAAUGUUGAAGCGAACCAGAUAGUUUGCGAAGUUGCAGUUUCUAAUCAGGAAGAUGUACAAAUUAAGUCUGAUUCGUGUCUUGCCACAGCAAAGAAAGGAAAGGUAAAUGUUUUUUAAGGAUACAAAGAAGAAGUCUGAAAGUUAAAACUGAACUUCCACAAUCUUCCAGUAAGAUCCAAGUAUUUUAGUGAACGUAUUUAUAAGUCUUGUAACGUAUAUCAUUGCAAAUUGAUCAAUUAAAGAUACUGAAUCAGUCAGUGAGUGAAUUAGUAUUUUUGAUUGAUUUCAAGAAGAGUAGAUUAAACUUCCAAUGUAAUUAAAUCGAUAAAUUUUUAAUUCGUUGGUUGUUUAUGAAUUCUUUUUUCACUCAUACUAUUCAUUAGAAAGAUUUUCAUAACAUUGUAAACGCGUCUCUUUGAAGAAAGUAGGGCGAAUUUUGCCAGAUUUAAAAUUUUGCCUUAUUCCUAGUCGGUACUAGUAUGAAUAUAAAGCAUAUAGAUAAUAUCUUGUGCUUCAAUGUAGUCAUACAAGGAAUUUUGUUAGUAGACCCAGCGAGCACUUUGACAAUUAUUAUUUCUUACGUAUUGUACAUAAAUAGUUUUUUGUGACUUUACAAAUGAUAUCUCUUCAAAUCGAUGAUUACUAUUUAUUUUACAUAAUGUUUGCGAAAUCUACUUAUAAGUAGAUUGUCCUGCUAUUUUGUUAAAAUUGAAGCCGGAUUUAUUAAAUUAUGAAACUAUUGGUGAAAUUUUUACGAUACGAUUGAUUUAAUGACUCUGCUUUAUUGUUAGAUAUUUGAAAGAUAACAUUUGUCAUUAAUUAAUACCAUUUUUUUUUAUAGUCUUGUCAAAAAUUAAAUGUGCGAAAUGAAACGUUACUUACUGAAAGUUAACUUUCAGAGCUAGUGGUUGUGUUCAAUAUGCUUUAAGUAGAUUUUUUAUUACUGAAUGAUUUUAAAAAUUGCAGGAAUAAAGAAUAAGUAAUCAUGAAA